AGUGAAAACGCAACGUUGGGCGGUGUGUUUCUGCUGACGGUGUCAGAAAGCAAGAAGGGGGUGAACUUGAGUUUUUUGUUUCUGCCUGUGUCCGUUAUACCGAAAAAACGGACACAUCGAACGCGCCUUGGUCUACAACACAGGAAAGUUGUGAAAUUGCUGGGAGAAAUGACGCACUCAUGCAGAAAAGUUUCACUUCCUACAAGAGAAGGCUGCAGCGGACAGUUUUCUCUUGCGUAGACAGUCAAUGUAGUAGACAGAAGAUAACCAAACUGGCACUUGUGACAUUUAACCCCUAGUUAUUUCAGUUCGUUCAGUGAUUACAGCGCUUUGGCGUCGACGCAACGCACUGGUAGGAUCAGUUUGCGGUUCGGUAGCAUUAUGGCUUUACUUGAGUAUCGUACAGUUAGUUGUUAUUCUGGCUAACCAUCAUAACAACCAAACACAAUGAUAUAAAGCGGUUAUUUCAGUAUUUAUUUAUUUUCUUAACUUUUAGCUUACCCGUCUUUACAGGUAUUCCUCCAAACAAACUCUCCACUGCUAAAUUUAGAGAGAAAUGAAUUUAUUGGUUUUGAAGGUGGAUAUUUAGUUGGAACAAAGGAGUUGGUGAGUUGGUUUGGAUGGCGUUACUGGCAGUGCUUUGACCAGUAUCGAUCAGUAUGUUUAAAGACCGCACCCAUUCUUUCCUCAAACUACUCGCCUGAAGAAGAGUCAGACAUCUAAAUACCUUAUCUGGACGAUUGCAGAUUUUUACAAUUAUCGUCGUACAAUUACAAAAUCUGUGACAGCCGUGUAGAGACUAUAUAUUUGAAGAUAUCUUGAAUUGACUGGUAUAGUUGACUGAUUAACAGCAUUAGUAUAUAUGUAAAGACUUUAAUACACAAUACGGUGUACCUGUCUUGUCACCUGUUGUCCCACAGAGGUGACUGUUCUGCAGUAAAUAUGGAUCAGAAAGAAGAAGCCAAAUGCCUAGGCAUCCUCACCUACCACAGAGAGCUGCUAGUGUCCAGGUUGAGGAGCAUUCAGUGCAUCCUGGACAACCUGUUGGCUUGUGGCUUCCUCUGUGAAGAGGAUGUUGAGAUUGUACAGCGAACAGUCACCAAGACAGAUCAGGUGCGCAAAAUCUUGGAGCUAGUCCAGUGCAAAGGGGAGAAGGCCUGUGAAUACUUUAUUUUUAUCAUAUAUAAAGUAUGUGAUGCGUACAUACAGCUCCAGCCAUGGCUAAAAGAGAUCAACUUCAACCCAAGCACUGACGUAACAGUGAUGGAAGUGGUUAACACAGAUCCCAUCAGCAGGUAUUAUGAGAAGUUGAGGCAUGAAAUGAGCCGCGACACCUGCUUCAUCAUGUCGUACGGCCAGCAAGAGGAGACCCGUCUGGAGGACCUCUACAUUGACACUGUGAUGGAAAUGUUGAACGACUGCAAUGAAAGUCUGGGCUUUGUGGAUAGUCUGGACCAGCUCCUAGGAGACCAUGCGGUCUUCAAUCCUCAAGGUGAAACCAUCUAUGUGAUGGGGGAUGCUGGUGUGGGAAAAUCAAUCCUCCUGCAGAAGCUCCAGAACCUCUGGUCCAAGAAGGAGCUGCAGACGGACGCCAUCUUCUUCUUUAAGUUCCGCUGUAGAAUGUUCAGCAUUUUCAAGGAAACAGAACAGAUCUCCCUCAGAGACCUUUUAUUCAAAUACAACUGUCACCCAGAUCAUGAUCCAGAUAAUGAGGUGUUUGAUUACAUCCUGCGCUUCCCUGAAAAGGUUCUUUUUACAUUUGAUGGCUAUGAUGAGAUUCAGGAAGAUUUAGACCUGAUGAAUUUCCCUGAAGUGGUCUCACCAGAAGACAAGGCACAUCCCUUCCAGCUGCUCAUCAGCUUGCUCAGUGGGAAACUACUCAAGGGCUCCCAGAAGGUGCUAACUGCUCGGACGGGGAUUGAGAUCCAGAGUAGGGUGAUCAGAAAGAAGGUGGCCCUGCGGGGGUUCUCCCCAAAUCACUUGAAGACCUACACUGAUUUGCACUUUAAGGACCAGGAACACCGAAAGCUGGUGUCAAUUCAGCUGGAUGCUAGCCCCCACCUUUGUGGCCUGUGCUCCACCCCGCUGUUCUGCUGGAUUGUUUUCAAGAGCUUUAGGCACCUGCACACCAUGCAUGAUAGUUUUCAUCUACCUGAGACCUGCAUUACGCUCACCGACAUCUUCCUCCUGCUGUCGGAGGUGUUCCUUAGCCGCUCAACCUCACCUGCUCCAUCUCUGCUGAAGAGCAGAACCCGGUGUGCCUCAGAGACGUUCAAAGCAGGGCUUAGGCCCCUUGCUGCAUUUGCCAAGCUGGCACUUCAGGGUAUGGAGAGAGGUAGCUUCAUUUGUAACCAAGAGGCGAUAACUGCAUGUGGUCUGAGAGAGGAGGACCUGCCCCUGGGCUUUCUCAAACCUGUCACUGAGUAUGAUGCCAGUGGGAGUCCUGCUAACUUUGAAUUCCUCCACAUCACCCUCCAGUCUUUCUUGGCCGCUUUGGCCCUUGUGUUAGAUGAGCAGGCUGCUGCGAACUCCCUUCUCAAGUUCUUCACAGAGUGUAACAGGAAUAGGCAACCAUCCUGUCUGUUUUUUGACUUCUGUAUCAGUGGCUCUUCAAAGCCCAAUGAGAAGAAACCGUUUGCAACUAAUGAGCACUUUCAGUUUACUAAUCUCUUCUUGUGUGGACUGCUGUCCAAGGCUCACACUGGCCUGAUGGAGCAUCUGGUAUCUCCUGUAUUACUAAAGAAAAAACGGUCCUUGCUAAAAUCUUAUCUGUCCACUAGUGUAAAAUCCCACCUCCAUGGCUUACCUCACUACAAUGGUAAUGAAGGCAAGAAAGUCCAUGUUUUGCCCAACUUUCUUUGGAUCCUGAGGUGCAUCUUUGAGGCAGGGAGUAAAGACAUUGCUGAAAUGACAGCGAAAGGCAUCACAGCUAGCCUCCUCAAGCUAGGUUACUGUAACGUAUACUCAGGUGACUGUACCGCCCUGAACUUUGUACUGCAGCACCGUCAGAAACUCCUGGGGCUUGACAUGGAUAAUAACAACAUCAGUGACUAUGGGGUGAAGCAACUGAAGCCUUCAUUCUGUAAGAUGACCGUGGUGAGAUUGUGCGUGAAUCACUUGUCAGACAGCAGCAUUGAGGUUCUUGCAGAGGAGCUGUGUCAGCACAAAGUUGUAGAGGUCUUGGGAAUGUGGGGGAACAGUAUUGGUGAUGAAGGAGCAGAAGCAUUCGCAGAGGCUUUGAGGCACCACCCAAGGCUUACCAACCUCAGUCUCUCAGCUAAUGGCAUCACAUCAAAAGGCGGGAGGUUCCUGACAGAAGCACUGAAAGAGAACAGCAUCCUCAGGAUAUUCUGGUUGGUGCAGAAUGAGUUGACUGAUGAAGUGGCUCCACACUUGGCUGAGUUGGUUAAAGCAAACACAGGUUUAUCCCACCUCUGGUUAAUCAGCAACCAGUUCACUGUGCAUGGGAUCAGAACCCUCGCUGAGGCCCUUAUUCACAAUACAGCAAUCAAAGAGAUAUGUGUGAAAGGAAACCAGCUCUCUGAGGAGGAAGAGAAACAGUUUGUGACGGAGAAAAGGAUGCGUUUCCAUUGACUGGGCGAUCAUGCAAGACUUGCACAGGUUGACUAAUGUCUGUAUGGACGUAAAGAUGUAUUGUGUGUUCUCUCUGUGUAUGCACAGUGUUAGUAUUAGCAAACUGAGCAGGUAUUUGGGUAAUAAUUUAUGCUUUCACCUUGCUGCACCUGUUUGGACUGCCGCAGACACAGAGUUACAAUAUUUGCUUUAAUGGCUUUAAUGGCUUUAAUAUUCAUCACUAGUUGAUUAACCUUUUUUUUUGCACCAAGGAAGCUUUCAUUUCAUUUUUGAAAUAGGGGAUAUUUACCUUAAGUUUUGACAAAAUGUUUUCCAUGACUGUUACAAAAAAAGGAAGUGGAAGUACUGAUGAACAAGGAGAAAACGAAUAAAUGACCUCCUGCUUUGUGAGCCUUUGUUUAGAUUUCAAAUACAUAUUGUUUGGUAUGAAUAUAAAUUGUAAACAGUAUCUAUACUUAUUUAUUUUUUGACUGUUACACAAGAUGAUGUAUAUUUUCCACAGAGCUGGUGGAAUGUUUUAAGGUGUACUUCUGUCAAAGGGUUGAGUGAAAGACAACGUUAAUGUAAUGUUUACUGUUUGUGUGAUAGAUCUUUGUACAGAGAUAUGCAGAAACCCUGGUUGUGAAAAGGCUUUGAAAGAUAUAUUUAAAAAAGAAUAGUCAGAAUCAAAGCAGCAGAAAUUGAGAUGUCUUAAAAUUUUUAGUCACAAGUAAGGGUCAAGCUCCAAAAACACUAGAUCCCACACUUCCUAUAAUGCAGUUCGAUAGUGUGAGUAAUUGGACAGUCAUUAUCAGUCAUUGACCCUGGAUUGAGUCUUUGUGAACAAACAAGAGUUUCUUGACUAAAAUAAAGUGAAAAUUUGUACAAAAAGUAAACUGCCCAACUGAUUUAUCACUGAGCUCCAUGUCUGACAGAUUUGUAUUUGGAAAAAUUAAAUAGAAUAUGACACUUUUACAGGCUGAUUCAACGUCUUGCUUUUUACUUAUAAAUUAUGAUUAGCUGCAGACACAAAAUAACAUGGCAUAAAAAUGCAAUAACUAAAAGAGAAUAAUUGGUAUCUGAAGGAUUCACUCUUAGUUGCUUUUUGUACAAAGUUUAACAUAAAAAUAUUUGAACAUCUUUCAAGUUUGUUGUGAUCAUCUGUUUUUGUCAGUUACAUAAUGAAGAGCAUACAUUCUCAGUUGAAUUUCAUUAGGUAAUACUUGUUGGGGCUCAGAACUGGCAAGAAAUAAAUAAGGAAAAACCUAAAAGUGCAUGAUUUUAUAGUAGCUCAUCUAAGCCUAAAUGUCAUCUCAGGACUAUACCUUCAGUGCCU